AUGGAACUGCUACCUAUGCUAUUUAUCGUUUUAUUCUGUGCACUUGCCGUUAUUGCAAAUGACCAACCAAACAAUCGACUCGAACAAAACGGCUGGGUUCGUAUAAAGCGAGACUGGUACAAUCGUGGUUAUGGUUAUGGAAGAGGUUCUCGCCGGUGGGGUGGACGCUAUGGAGGAGGUUACGGGCGACCGCCAUACGGUGGACAACCGCCAUAUGGGCCUCGGGGACGUUAUGGUGGUGGUAUGCCUCAAGGCAAUACAGACGUAAACACGAUGGAUAUUUAUUCGUUGAAUCUAUUCGGAAAUAAAGCAAAACAAGGCGAUGCAGCUAAACAAGCGCAGGCAACGGCCGACAGAUACGGCCAAACAGCGCAGAACUAUCCGAGUAUUUUUGGUGGAGGUGGUAUCGGUAAUAUGAAAGUUCUG